CUGUGCCUCUGGACUACCGCAUAUUAUUGCAUGCGUCGAGUACGUGCCGACAUCCGGGCGACACGUUGUAGAGCAAAUGAGAAUAUAAUCCGUUGUGACGAAUUAGCCACGACCAGUCCACGACCGUCGACGGGAACGCUUUGCCCAACCGUUGCUCCCGUUGACAGAUAUCGUCGGCCGUGCAAACACGCCGCUUGCUUUUCCACGGCGAGGCAUCGUGCGUUCACGUUUGUACAUAGAGACACGUUCGUUCACCGAAUAGAAUCGUUGUCCUGGACACGGGUAAAUCGCGUUCGAUCCGUUACGCACGCCGCCGUUCGUACCGAUGCGAAUAAGAAUCACGAGGGGUCGGUGGGCCGUAUUCGGUGGCUUCACCCUAGUUUGUCUCGUCAAUUUCCGACUAGCCUGCUGCGAUAAGAAUUCCAACGAGGGGAGGGUGCGCAGAGAGGAGGUACGGCAACAUGUGUGCUGCGCGAGACACGAGAGGAUGAUCGAUGUCGGAUACGGAGUGUCGGGAGAGAUUAUCCAGAUCGAUGCUGGCCACUGUCGCAAGUUAUGUCCGCGACACGUUCUAGACGAUCCUGGGGACGCGAGUCAACCCAUGGUGCAGAGAUGCUUCCCGGAGUCGCAUUGUCGUCCAAGGGCCUCGAAACUAGAGAGGGAGUCGACGAUCCAAGGUGUUCGCGUGAUCGAAGUCAUAGAAGCCUGCGAGUGCACGCCGGAUUCGUCCUGUAGACGAGAAUCCCUGACGCAUCUCGUCCAUUCCGGCACUCCUCAUCAAGCAGUGAUGGAUGUUGGAGUGUGCAUGGGCCAUUGUCCUAAAGAUCUCGGAUGCAAACCACUGAGGAACAAUACGGUUAGCAUCAAGGGCCCCAACGGGGACGAAGUGUACCAGGUGAUCGAGAAGUGCGGCUGCGCCGGUGCUUGCCAUAAAAUGGACCACAUGGAGACCGUCCUGGACUUUAGCGAAGUCGAAAUCAAGGACGGCACGAAUACGACGGAUGUCAGGCCGGUCGUUCGACAAAUCAACGUGGGCAAGUGCGUAGGGACGUGUCCGGGGAACGAGACGGAAAUGUGCCUUCUACGGGACAAAAAGGAGCCGUCGAGGUGCGUCGCUGCUCUGUACUCGAAGGAACACAACUGCAACCCGGCCAGAUUCAAAGUUCACGAGUACAGGACUCGUCGAGGAUCAAAGAGGGAGAUCAUUCAAAUCACUCAGUGUGCCUGCAUCUAAAUUGGAGCAGAGAGAAUCAAAGGAGCCUGCUCGAUCCGACGCGACGGACCAGCGGAACAUAACGAUUUAAACUAUUUUACGCGUUGCGUAAUCGCAAAGUACCGUUUCAAUGUUCCUACAUGCACUGUGUAUUACUAUGAUCAAUAAACGUACCAUGACUUU